AGCAAUUUUUAAAGUAUAGAGUUCACACUUUUUUUUAUUAGAAAUGUAACUAUAUUAAUAUUAAGGUGUUGGUUGAAUGAUUUCACCAUAUUUAUAGCCUGACAUCUACUUCAAGGGGAAGGCAGGAAGGAGUUGUUUUACAGAAGAUCACUUGGGAACCACAGGCUUUCAUGUACAUCUAAGAAACUGAAUUGAAUUAUUCUGUAUGUACUACUUUGCUUAUGCUUUUCUUCAGAACCCCCUGAAUUUAUCUACACCCCUGAGAAGGCCAGGAAAUGCCUUCCAUUGCUGCUGGAAGGGAACCUGCCAUAUCGCAGAGGGCGCCGACAGUCAGCUCCUGCCAAAGACAUAGAAGCAGCCUUUCAACAAAGUGGUGAGUUCACCAUAAUAAAUGCCAUAGGAAAUGAAUACAUAAUUACUAAAAUAUAUAGACAUAAAAGAUUGGUUCUAAUUUCUCUGUGUUCUUUUUUAUUUCUGUGCCAUGUACCAUUGGACAAUAGCCUCUUUAAAGGCUGGCAGUGAAGGUGAGCUCUACACACAGGUCGAGAGCUUGGCCUCCUCAGGCAGUGCCAGUACUCUUGCAUCAUCAGUCAUUGAGGUUGGUUCAGCCCAGGAUAAAUUGGGUCUUGGUCCGGAUGAAGAAGAGGACAUGUCACCUCUCCCCACACCUCCAACGCUUUCCAUCACUGAAGAAAUCAUGCAGUUUAUCAAUGAGAGCCGUGCACGAGAGGGCAUGCCAGAGCUGUCUUCUGAUGUGAGUGAGCCCAGGUCAGAGCCCUUGGACACCCAGUGCACUGAGCCACAGGACAUAAGGGAAUAUCAGAAAACACAUGUGGUAAAUGAGGAAAAUCAGCUGGAUAUUGUUUCCUGUAGCCCACAGGAUAAGCAACCACUAAUAGAUAUUCAAAUAAACAAAGAGGAUGACAUUGAACAUUUUCCACAUAAUUUAUUGCCUGAUUCAACCUCUCCGAAAGAUUUUGGGGAAGAUAUUUCAUUAUUAUCAUCCUCUCACAUGCCCAGACAUAACUAUGAGAAUGUGAGUGAAUCACCGGAAUCAGAGGUAGUCAUGGCAAGACUCGUACCUGAGCAAAUUAUGGGGCAGGAAGUUGAGGACACUGCUGCCAAAGAUACAAUAUCUGACCUAGAAAAUAAAAUGGAAGAAAUUGUCAGUGGAACCCCAGGUGAGCUGUGUGAUAACUCCUCUUCUGCACUCAAACCUGCUGAUAACCUUCUCCUGCCUAAAGGGGACGUUGAACAAAAGCUGACUAAAAGUCACCGGCAGAUUAUUGAAAAAAUUCGCAGCUACUAUGAGGCAGCAGAGGCAGUGGCCGAGGAUGGACAAGUUUCACGCAGGAAUAGUUUUUCUAACAUCCCUGCUGGCCUGGUAAAAGACUCUGUGUCACGCUUUAAUUUCUUUGUUCACCAAGUCAGUGUAUGUGAUUCUGAGAGUGGGCGCUCAGAUUCCAAUGAGAAUGAAAUUACGUCCACAUCACCUACUGUACCUGACCAAAAUGCAAAGAUUUUCAACCAGCCUGACUAUACCGGUGAUGAUGCUGUAGUUGCACAUAAUAGCCAAGGGCAAAGUAAGACUGAGUCAAAAUCUGAUGAUGAUCAGAUUUGUGACUUUAAACCCUGUAUGGAACUCUGGAAAGAGAAGGAGAGGAAAGCUUCAGGUCUUCAAGAGAGACUGAAAGCAUCUGCCUGUAAGGAGGGUAGAUUUGCUGAGGACAAAGAAGUAUGUGCAAAAGAUCCAUUGUCUACAACUGAUAGGAGGACUCCUGUACUCAGUGAACAAGUUGAACCUGAACAGGAGCACAAUGAAAGCAUAGAGCCCAAAAGCCCUGAGCAAACAGACAAAACUAUCAAAGAAGCUCAGUCUACUGCUGUGCCCAGAGACAAGACUUACUAUAACGGCAGUUUGGAUGGUCUACCUAGUCAGAUUAAAGUGGGACGGUGGUCUCGCCAUGGUAAGGCGGUCACCUGCAGUAGGACACUUUACGAAGGCAUUGCGGAUGUGUCAAGUCUAGGAUUCUUUGAAACUGCUCCAAUGGAUCAGUGUUUAGUAGAGAACUCAGAAAAAAUUCUGAGUAAGGUACAGAUGCUAGCACAAAUGUAUAUGGCCAAGUCAAGCAGUAUGAAGGUACCAUUACAUCAGAAAAGAACCCGGUUUACAAAGGGACCAUGUAAAGCAAAUACCCUUCCAAAGUCUGAGAUACUGUUGCAUCAGGCAGAAGUGAAGACACAGAAUCAACUCUCAGAUAUUCACAUGGAGUCUGUUACUCACUCUGCACCUGAGUCGUUUGGGCACGUGACUGUUAAAGAACAAUUCACUACAACCUGUCACCAAGAAAAUUAUUGCAAUAUUACUGGACAAAAGGAGCAAGUCACUAGAAUUGGAGCUAGUGCAACAGAAAUCAAUUCAUUUGAAACAUCGACUAGUUCAUCUGAGUUAUCAUCUGAAAUAAUGGAAGAACAUUUGGCCACAGAUUUGGGAACUCAAAGGUCCUUAGAGAGCUCUACAGAUCAAGAAAUCCUUUCCAAAGAAAACCAAGUCAUGUCACCUCUUCAAAGCUCUGGAUCACAAGUCCAACACUUUCUUGAGCAGGAUGCCAACCACACUUUGUGUUCAAUUAGGGAGAACCAUUCAACAGUAAAUAAAAAUCUGACCUUUGAGAGAGAAGAUGAACAUCAAAGUCAGUUAUUGGUUGUGGGCCAACCAGUGAUGGAUUGUUAUUCUAACUCUAUAAAUGAAUCCGAAGAAGUUGUGAGUCUGAAGGAACAAGCCCAUGGUGUUGAAGAGAAGAAUGGUUUAAUUAAUAAGCCUUAUGAAAGCCUGCAGUCUACUGAGGAUACAGUGGGUGAUACCCAAUUGAGGGCAUCAGUAAAUUCUGGUUCCACUGAUGAUCCCAUAUCUUGCACUGAGAACUCCACUCCUAAAGUGGAUGUGUCCCCUGUUAAUAUUACGGAUACAUCUCUUCCAAUAGAAUUGGCACUGUACUUGGAGAAUGGUGUCUCAGAAACAACAUCCAACAGAAAUCCCCAAAUGUCACCAGAUGUGCUCAACUUUGAUGUAUCACAUCACCCAUGUUCUUCACAACUCCAAUAUCAAUGUUCAUCUGAAGCAAGCUGUACAAAUGUACCACUUCUGCUUGGUUCCAGAGGAAUGGUAAAUCCAGAGUUUCUGGAAGGCAAAGAGGUACUAAACAAUGAUGUAUUGGUGUUGGGCAAUCCCCAAACAUUGCCUCCCUGUAGACCUGCCAUAGAUAAUCUUCCAAAAUUCAACAGUCAAGGACUUGCCAAUCAGCCUAGUACGAUGGGAAGGAGCUUUUCUCCCUGGAACACAUCAAACAUGUCCUCCCAAAGACCAUCACAGCCACAGCCCUGGUCCAGGCAACAAGACCAAGACACUUCAUCAACUUCUGUGGUCUCAUCCAGUAAACCAUUAUUAUGUGAUAAUUCUUCAAGCAUUCCCUCAAGUUUUCCUGACUCAAAGCCACCAUCUGCCUUUAGCUUUAGUCUUCGGAUGCGUUCACCCUCCCCUAAUACAAGUUAUUCAAACUCAUCUACAAAUUCCUCUGCUCUUGCCAAAUCACUUGCUGCUUCUUGUAUUAGUCAGACAAUUUCUCAAAGCAUGGCCAGAAGGAACGCUCGCAUGCAGGCUGCCUCUCCCCCUGUCAGUUCCAGUUCACUGCAUGCAUCCACUCUAAGACUGAGGUCUCCCUCCCCCAAACCUGUCAUCCUGAACUCAUAUGUACAGUCGGAUCCUAGCAGUUUACCCACUAAGGUGACAGGUAGCCAAAAACAUUCCCCUUCCUCUUCCUGCUCUAAUAGCCUACGAUCUAGCCCAGCAAAUGUACAAUCUCCUCCUCCUUAUUGCAGCCAAAAUUUAGUCUCUCCUGCUUCCCCUGUACAUCUCUACUCAUUACCCUCUGUUACUCAUACAAGGGCUGAUCAUCUUGAACAGUCUCCUCAUACUCCUCUGAAUAGCAAUAACAACAACAAUAAUGGUCUUUGUAGUAAUGCCUGGACAAUUAAUCAUCAAAAGCCAUCAUCAACACCACAAAUGUACAGAGCUCCUCAUUCUCAUGAUCCAAAUCGAGGGACCUCACACAACAGAAUUGCUCGACCAUUUCUGUCCUCAGAGCCUAACUCACGUGUGCAGUCUCCCUCUCACUCGCCGUCUCUGAUCACACGUAUCUGUUCCCCACCACUUGUCCAGAGUAGUGCUGGUCCAUUAAUAACCAAGCCUCCUAAUCCACGGACCCCCAGACAGGGUGGGGCCAGUCCUUUCACACCUUUGUCUUUAGAGCUUUCUCAGACAACUUCAUCUUGCUUUUUGUCUCCAUGUGCAAGUCCCAGGGUAACCUCCCCACCUCCUAUUGGUAUUCCUACAAACAUAUGGUGCAUUGUAAGCCCUCAGCCAAGGAAUCCACUAGUGACACCUUCCUCCCCAACAAGAGCAGAGGCAAGUUCUAUUUCAAGAGACUCAAGAAUCACUUCACCAGUGUCCGGAUCAUCUCCAUGUUCACUAUUCUUCUCUCAGAACCAGAGAAGACCAAGAGGAAGCAGCUUGCCAUUUGAGAACCUGACAGACAGCCGAUCAAGUCCGUUCAGAAAUGAGCAUAGGUCCUUUGCUGAGAAUGGACAAUGGGCAGUGGAUGCAGAGUCACACCCAACUAGUCCUCAAAUGCGCUCCUGCAAUGGUUCCCCUAUGUGUGUUAGUCCAGGACCUAAGUCUCCUAUUAGGGGGGCUGCUGAGAAGACCACUGAUGCUGGAAAGCACCUAACAAACUUUAACUGGCCAGAAGUGCAUGAACUGCCAUCCAUCUAUAACAAAGAGGACAGUUCUCAGUGUAACCUUUUACCCUCAUCGUCUUGUCCUGAAACUGGACAGGAGGACUCAGAACUGGGGAAGGCUACUUGCCGGAGUAGCCUUGUCUGUGCCUAUGUAGCUCAAGCCACCCCUGACACUCAUAUUCAACACUCAUAUGAUGGAAAACAAGUGGAUAAUGUGCCAAUACAGGGGACUAAGACACCAUUAAAAACCAGUUAUGCCACAACUGUCAACCUACAGAUUGCUGGGAGUGGGAGAAUUGCAUCCUUUAGUAAUGCUCAGGUUAGUCUGACUCAAACUCUGGCACCAGUGACAGAGAGCCAGGGCAUGAGAAGGGUCAGCAUAAAUGGCUGCACACUCUCACUGCAGAACUGCAAAAGGCUCUAAGUGGAACUCAUCUGAGGUAUAUUAUAGUGUCUCCUGCUUUAACAACAUUUACCAGGCACUCUACCAUGUGUAAAAGGAGGCAGAUAGAGAUUCAUGUCCAUUUUACUGAGAUGACAAAUUACGGGUGUCAGGAAAUUUGUUUUUAUUGCUCGUUGCUAACUCUUUAGUUGCAAAGGGUGCUUCAUAUACAACUCAAGUUUGGAUUACUGCCCAACCAGAAAUUCUGGUUUGUUUUUUUAAGCAGUGUUAUUUUAUUAUUUUUAUAUAAUUGUAAAAUAUUCUAAUUUCUACUUAACUUAACCAAAGCCUCUGUUACAAAAAGUUUUUUUCUUUUGCUGAAAUAGGCAGUUUUUUAUUUAUGAAGUAGGGUUUUUAUGGCACUUAUCUCUUUUCUGUAUUUUGCACAAUUUCCUAUGUGGUCCAGACAUAUCUAAAUGAUUGUGUUUUUCAUAGAGUAGUAAGAAAAGAAAUUUGUAUGUACAAAUAAGGGAAGGUAGAAGAAUGUUGCUGUUUUUCAAUAAGGUUAAUCAAACAUGCCACUGCUAUAAUUGAAAAAUUGAUUCCAUCAUUCCAAAUUCAUAGUGAGUCCAUUUAUAGCCCCAAUCCACCAGAUCCUUUGAAAGCACCUUAGUAAUAUCUGUGGUAAUGGUAAAGUGGACAAUUUCUCGUGUUUUCUAGAUUAUCAGUUUAAUGUUGCCAGUCUGCUUCUGUACAUGAGAAACAAAAAAAUUAAAAAUAUUAGUAAGAAUCAGAACAAACAUGUUAUUUAAAAAAGUAUACCAUAAUACAGUCCAUCCUGCCUGCCCUUCCUGCAAUAGGAAUAAGCAAAUAAAUUUGCAGCAUUUAAUGAUGUGUAGUUAUAACUAUGUAUAGUUUUAACUAUAUAUUGUAUAAUUCUAUACUAUACUAUGUAUUGUGAUAACUAUGUAUAGUUAUCAAAAGUAUGACUGAGUUUGCAGAAUUUGCAGCAUUUCAUAAUGUAUAGUUAUUUCCAGUGUGACAGCUGUCAAACCAUUUGAAUACACCCUAUAAUAAUAAUUUGUUCCCUCAUUAUAAAUAAAAAUCUGUGUAUGUUUUUU